AUGACUCGUCCUUUCAGGUUCCUAAACGCCGUCGCGAACUCUUCGGCGACCAUCAAUGGGUCGCCGCCUCAACCAUCAGCUACGGUGGACUCAGAUUUCAUGGUCAUACUAGCAGCACUCCUCUGCGCUCUAAUUUGUGUUCUUGGCCUCGUCGCCGUAGCACGCUGCGCUUGGCUCCGCCGGUUCUCAUCCCGUACUCCGACACCACCAGUUCCUCUUCCUCCUCCUUCCAUCGCCAACAAAGGGUUAAAAAAGAAAAUCCUCCGCUCCCUCCCUAAACAAACCUACUCUGAAGAUUCCGCCGAAAAAUUCUCCGACUGUGCAAUUUGUUUAACGGAAUUCUCAGUUGGAAAUGAAAUCCGUGUGUUGCCUCAGUGUGGUCAUGGAUUUCAUGUGAGCUGUAUCGACACGUGGCUAGGGUCCCACUCGUCUUGCCCUUCUUGCCGUCAGAUUUUGGUCGUUGCCAGGUGUCAGAAGUGUGGCGGUUUGCCUUCAACCUCGACUUCUUCUAAUGAUGAGAGUGGUGGUGAUGCGACUGAGACUGAAGGUCGAUUAAAGGAGCGUGAAGACGAUGGCAAUAGAUUCUUGCCCUAG